GCUCCCGGCGCACUCGGAGCCCGGAGGGGACCGGGACGCGGAGGCGGGGUGGCCGAGGGUCCGAGUGCGGGAGCUGAGCCGGGCCCGGGGGCCGAAGUUUGCCCGCGGCUCCGGGAGGCGGCCCCGGCGGCUCCCAGCCCCUGCUCGCGCCCUCGCCCGGGACCCGCCGGCCGCCCCGGGGGGACGGCAGCCGCGGCCGGGCCAACUCCGCCGCGGGGACGCCGUGACGGGAACUUGAGGCGCAAGGGGGAUGUGAAAGCCCAAAAUGACCCUCCUACCGGGAGACAACUCCGAUUACGACUACAGCGCCCUGAGCUGCGCCUCGGAUGCCUCCUUCCACCCGGCCUUCUUCCCGCAGGGCCAGUCCCUCAAGGGCGUCUUCUACCGCCGGGCGCAGCGGCUGCGGCCCCGGCCCCAGGACGCGCCCCGCCAGCCGGGCCAGCCCGAGGACCGGCGGCGCCAGAUCAUCAUCAACGUGGGCGGCAUCAAGUACUCGCUGCCCUGGACCACCCUGGAGGAGUUCCCGCUGACGCGCCUCGGCCAGCUCAAGGCCUGCACCAACUUCGACGACAUCCUCAACGUGUGCGAUGACUACGACGUGACCUGCAACGAGUUCUUUUUCGACCGCCAUCCGGGCGCCUUCGGCACCAUCCUGACCUUCCUGCGGGCGGGCAAGCUGCGCCUGCUGCGCGAGAUGUGCGCCCUGUCCUUCCAGGAGGAGCUGCUGUACUGGGGCAUCGCCGAGGACCGCCUGGACGGCUGCUGCAAGCGCCGCUACCUGCAGAAGAUCGAGGAGUUCGCCGACGUGGUGGAGCGCGACGACGAUGAUGAGCCGCUGUCCAGCGAGGACCCCGACAGCGAGGGCCCGGCCCAGGGCGAGGGCCGCCUGGGCCGCUGCAUGCGGAGACUGCGCGACAUGGUGGAGAGGCCGCACUCGGGGCUGCCCGGCAAGGUGUUUGCCUGUCUCUCGGUGCUCUUCGUCACCGUCACGGCGGUCAACCUGUCUAUCAGCACCCUGCCCAGCCUGCGGGAGGAGGAGGAGCAGGGCCAGUGCUCGCAGAUGUGCCACAACGUCUUCAUCGUGGAGUCGGUGUGUGUGGGCUGGUUCUCCCUCGAGUUCCUCCUGCGGCUGAUCCAGGCGCCCAGCAAGUUCGCCUUCCUGCGGAGCCCCCUGACGCUCAUCGACAUGGUGGCCAUCCUGCCUUACUACAUCACCCUGCUGGUGGACGGCGCGGCCGCGGGCCGCCGCAAGCCGGGCGCGGGCAACAGCUACCUGGACAAGGUGGGGCUGGUGCUGCGGGUCCUGCGGGCGCUGCGCAUCCUGUACGUCAUGCGUCUGGCCCGCCACUCCCUGGGGCUGCAGACGCUGGGCCUCACCGCCCGCCGCUGCACCCGCGAGUUCGGGCUCCUGCUGCUCUUCCUCUGCGUGGCCAUCGCGCUCUUUGCACCCCUCCUCUACGUCAUCGAGAACGAGAUGGCCGACAGCCCCGAGUUCACCAGCAUCCCCGCCUGCUACUGGUGGGCCGUCAUCACCAUGACCACUGUGGGCUACGGGGACAUGGUGCCCAGGAGCACGCCCGGCCAGGUGGUGGCGCUCAGCAGCAUCCUCAGCGGCAUCCUGCUCAUGGCCUUCCCCGUGACCUCCAUCUUCCACACCUUCUCGCGCUCCUACCUGGAGCUCAAGCAGGAGCAGGAGCGGGUGAUGUUCCAGAGGGCCCAGUUCCUCAUCAAGACCAAGUCGCAGCUGAGCACCAUGUCCCACGACAGUGACAUCUUGUUUGGAAGUGCCUCCUCGGACACCAGAGACAACAACUGAGCCCAGAGGACCUGCCCCGUCGCCACCACCACCGCCAGAAGCCGCCCUCCCUGCCCCCUCCCCCCAGCUCUGCCUGCCCUCUGUGGCUUGAAGCUAUCGCCGUCGCUCCAAGACGACUUCGAAGGCACGU